AUGCCUGUUUUCAAAGAGGGUGACAAGGUGACCUAUAGGACGAGUACUGCACAUGUUGGGACUGUGUUGGAAGUCAAGACGGACGGUGAUGUACUUGUAAAGUGGGAAAACAACGACACAUGGCAAGAGGCAUCCAAUCUUCAUAUUGUCCACAACGAUCCACUAUCAACUCCAGCACUCUCUUUUCGACAUAAACGACCGCGUAUAACACCACCAGCAGUAGAAUCUCAUACCAACGCUACAGGUGCUGGAGGGUCAAAUCACAAUGAGACGAGCAACCCACCAGUGACAAACAUUUCGUUUACUGCUGGUGACUCUUCGCCACAUCUAUCUUCACGACAACUACUUCCAGAGGGCUAUAUGCCAAAAGUGCGUCAUGCAUUAGCCUCAUCCUCGUCCUCUUCCUCAAGCAGCAGUGGUGCCUUGGCCACCCAACUUGAUGUCUCCUCAUCCUCUAGUACUGGUAGCUCUUCGACUUCUUUGGUCUCGAGCAGUGAUUCAUCAGGCUCCGAAUCCACUGCUAUGGCACCAGCAGCAGGGAGCUAUGUGCCACGACGACGCAGUGAAUUCGACUCGUCCUCAAGCAGUGAUGACUCUUCAGACCCACAUUCUUCUCCAGCCCAGACGGCAACAAGCCCAGAUGGCAACGACAGGCCAGAAAAUGACGCCGAAGGAAUGGGGGCCAUAAAUGACCCGGAUCUGCAACGAC